AAUUAGAACGAACGGGACAGUAGAUCGACCAGGCAUCGUUAGCAGCUCUACCAGAGAGACACCGAAAAAAGGCAAAAAGAAGGAAAAAUAACUUUUUAGCAGCUCGUUGUCGUCGUCGUCGCGUUCGCGUUUUUCUUCCACACAUAUAGCCAGCAAUAAGAGCGGUGCGUUCUUUUGGCAGGGCUCCGGAUUUUCCCCGUGCGUGUGUGUAUCGGAUCGAAACGCGACCAGCAAGAGUUCUAGUUGUGGUUUACUACUGUUCUUAGAGCAGCGAAAACAUUCUGAAGAAAAGUCGCGAGUGACCAUCGUCCUCCCAGAAGAAGCAUUGGAUUCCAAGUCCAGUCGGUCAGUGCUCAGUACACAAAACAGGGAAUCCUGUCGGGGUGCGUUCGUGAAAAAAGGAAUCAACUUCUACGCUUUCGCCUACUCCUAGAUCGACAUUGCGAGUUCUUCUCCGCGUCUCGGUGUGCAGUUACUUGCGAAUCUCGUGUCACACGGAAUUCGUGCGAAUUGAAAGGGAAAAAGUUGCAAUCGGAAAAAAGUAGUGCCCUAAAAUAGCACCCGCGGAGUGUGUGAAGCGAAAGAGCUGUCGGAAAAACCAUCAAAACAGAUAGGGAAAAGAUCCUAGUGCAAAUCCCCCCAGUCGGUCAGUGUUCCAAUCGGAAUCCCUGGCAUUUCGGAAUCGGUGGUGUUUUCGUGAGUGGUGAGAAGCAGCAGAGUGGUGUAGGCAAGCGAGCAAGCUGCCUCGGAAGGACUCACCCUCAUUCCCCGGUCGUUGAUCCUUCCCAUCUGCUUCGAGUUGAGUUUACGGUCGAAGGCACCGGGCGAUUUUAAUUAAGACGCUCCGAGGAACUUCUUGAACGGGGGCCACAAAGUCACCGAAGAAGGAAAAAGUCGCGAGUCCUAGCGCGUAGUUUUCCCACUCGUACCUGCCUCACAUAGGAGAGCGUCCGCCACCUAAACCAGCCGACCCUCUCUCUCUCUCUCUCUCUCUCUCUUGGAUCUCUCAUCCCUGGCGAACCGGAGCGACGAAGGACGUGGCUCUUCUAAGGAAAUAACCCGUGUUCACCUUUCCGGGUUCUUUUAGGUUAGAGGUAACGGUAUUAAACAGUUUAUUGUUGCACUGCACAGCACACAUCCAUCCAGAGAUUUACACAGUCAACUGCAGAAGAGCGCAGUACCCUAGCCCCUGAACCGACGACACAACAAUGGGAAAGCAGAACAGCAAACUGAAGCCCGAGGUGCUGGAGGAUUUGAAGCAGAACACAGAAUUUUCAGACGCAGAGAUACAAGAAUGGUACAAAGGUUUCCUGAAAGACUGCCCCAGCGGCCACUUAUCGGUGGAGGAAUUCAAGAAAAUUUAUGGCAACUUCUUCCCGUACGGGGAUGCGAGCAAGUUCGCAGAGCACGUGUUCCGGACCUUCGACGCCAACGGCGAUGGCACGAUCGACUUCCGGGAAUUCCUGUGCGCCCUCAGUGUCACGUCCCGCGGCAAGCUGGAACAGAAGCUAAAGUGGGCCUUCUCGAUGUAUGACCUGGAUGGUAAUGGGUACAUCUCCCGGCAGGAGAUGCUCGAAAUUGUAACCGCAAUCUACAAGAUGGUCGGAUCGGUUAUGAAGAUGCCGGAGGACGAGAGCACACCGGAAAAGCGAACGGAUAAGAUCUUCCGCCAGAUGGACCGCAACAAGGACGGCAAGCUGAGUCUGGAGGAGUUCAUCGAGGGGGCGAAAAGUGAUCCGUCGAUCGUACGGCUGUUGCAAUGUGAUCCGCAGGCGCAGUGAGCAAUUCCAAAUCUAAUACAACCACCACACACACAACAACAACAACAACAACAACAACCACUUCCUCGGAGUCGGCGCCGGUGUGGCGGUCACUGGCGCCGGCAUCGAGCCACCAUUACUACUACUUCUACCACUACAACAACAACUACUAUUACUACUAGUGAUGAGGAAGAAGACGAGGAAGAGGAGGAUCAUAAUUGGCUAAUAAUUGAUAAAUCGAGUGCGAGAUCAUGCAGCGAAAAGUCGUGCCGGAACCGCCACCGCGUAAGCAAACAGAGACAAACUAGGCAACACGCUUAUAGUAACUCUGAUAACAAGAAACCUAAUAAUUAUAAAAUUUUACUAUUAUAUAACAAUAUUUAUUACAAAUCACAGUUUAUAAUUUACAAAUUGAGGAAAAUGAUAAAAUGUUAAAAAAAAAAUACAAAUGAGUAUCACAAAAGUUUAAACACAAACAAGUAUAAAGUAAAGUAAACAAAUGAAAAAAAAACUUUAAAGUAAGGAUAAAACGUUGAAUCAGCUGCAGAUUUUUUUAGAUAUACAAAACAUGAGCGCGAGUUUAUAUGUAAAUAUUUUUUAAAUUGAUAUUUCUUUUCAUCGCUUUUCAGUGUCACCCCCUUGUUCCCUUGUCAUCCAACCAACCCACCCACCUACAUGUGUCAUUGAUUAUUAGUCACACUUUCACCUCCACUUAACUGUGUAAACGUUAUUAGUUGUAGUGUGUUAUCCAGAAAAAAAAGUGUUAUAGGCGCACCGUAAUCGUUUCUAGUUUAAUUUAAUUUUGUAUAAAUCCAUCGAUUAUCGCUUCUUAUGAAAUUCAACCGUUUUAUGUUCUAAGCUCUAACUGCUGUUGGUUAUAUCCUUCGAUGCUCUUUAGAUUCCCUCCCUACUCUCGUUGAAUUGGAAUGCGAUCGCGUAUUUAAAUUAAGCUGAAAAAUUCUCCAAACUCCUUCCUAUUUAUAUACCUUAACUGCUAACUUGAGAUUUCCGGGGGAUUUCGGAAAAUUGGAACGAAUCGACGUUUCAAUUUUUCGAAUAACCCCUAACAAUGGAAUGUUACAAAUCGUGUGAUACUACCUUCCGGCUAGAUUGAAGCUAAUUGCUACCGAUAAAUGCCACUCUCUAUCGAAAAGAAUAUCAAUCAAUGAAAAAUAUUGAGUGAAAAGCUUCCCUCGGCAACACCGUGCAGCGUUUUGCUCCAGACCGCGUGCAUUGUUUUUGGCGGGUGAAAAUUUCCACCUCACGGAACUUCAUUUCCACCGUCUAUAUUUUCCCGGAAGAGGAUGGGGUCGAUAUUUUCCACGGAAAAUUGACAAACCCUUCCCACUCCGAAUGUGCCAUCCUCAAACUCGUCCCUGAGGUGGAAAUUUUCCUCACCCGUUCGGGAAGAAGGUUGUUGCCCUGGCUGGAAGCUUUUCCUUUAUCUUCGAUCGCUUGCUGGCCAC